AUCUCACAUCUGACCUCGUUUCCCCACGUCCGGAACGGCCAGACGCUGCAUUUCCACUCGCGAGACGACGUUGCUGGAGCCUGCCAGCAUUAGCAUCAGCUUUUGUUGCCUUGUCCUUGCAUGGACAGACGCCGGCAUUGCAUGACUUGCGCCCCAAUUCGAAACUGCCGCCAGUGUCAGUAAGGCGUCUUUGUCUUCUCCCACCAUGGCCGAGGUGGACACUGCGCCUACCUUUGGCGCAGAGCUAAAGGAUGGCUUCAAAUCCGCCAAUGCCUGGGUCAACAAUGGAAUCUCUUGGCUCGACGAGAUCCAGCAGUUCUACCGCGAACGAGCCGCCAUCGAAAAGGAAUACAGCGCAAAGCUCGAUGCGCUUGCCAAGAAGUACUUUGAGAAGAAGAAUAGGAAAAUAUCCAACCUGAGCGUUGGCGACAACCCGACCUUGACUCCCGGUUCUCUUGAAAGUGCUUCCCUAACCACAUGGUCUACUCAACUUACCACGCUCGAAUCUCGCGCCACCGAGCACGAUCGCUAUGCGAGCAACCUUAUAUCCCAGGUUGCUGAACCCCUAAAGUUCUACAAUGCCCGAUUCGACGAGCUGCGUAAGCGCCAUGCCGAAUAUGCCGAUAAGCUCGAAGCUGGCCGCGAUGCGUGCUAUGCCGAUUUGCGCAAAGUAAAAGGCAAAUACGAUAGCACAUGCCAAGACCUCGAGAGCAAGCGCAAGAAGACUGAAUCACACGCCGAUAAGGCCAAAGCACAGAGCGCCUACCAACAGCAGCUUUUUGACAUGAAUAACGCCAAAAAUACCUAUCUCAUCGCCAUCAACGUUACCAACAAACAGAAGGAAAAAUAUUACCACGAAUACAUCCCCGAGGUUAUGGACAGCUUGCAAGACUUGAGUGAGUUCAAAACGUUGAAGCUCAACUUUUUGUGGGAUGUGGCAACUCGGCUGGAGACUGCCAUGCUUCAACAGAGCAACGGACUUAUCGAGCACCAAGGCAAGGAAAUCCAGAGAAACCUGCCCCAUCUGGAUUCCAUGAUGUAUAUGCGCCACAACAUGGGCGCCUUCCACGAGCCACCAGACAAGGUCUUCGAAGCUAGCCCCGUCUGGCAUGAUGACGACCUCAUGAUUGUCGAUGAGACGGCCAAAAUUUACCUGCGCAACGUACUAACCAAAUCCAAGUCUCAGCUAGCUGAGCUCCGGAGAGAGGUUGACAAGCAGCGAAGAGAGGUUGACACCGUUAAGCGGCUCAAGCAGCGUGUCCGAGAAGGUAAAGAGAAGAAAGACGAGGUUGAAGUCAUCCGCACGCUGUUUGCUAUGCAGGAGAAUCUUAUUGCUGUGGACCAGAAACGGCUUACGGCUGAAGUUGAAACCACCACCAUUACGUCUGUAGUUGGCGAUGUCACACUGGGGGCUAAAAACCACAACUUUAAGAGCCAAACCUUCAAGAUACCAACCAAUUGCGACUUGUGUGGAGAUCGUAUCUGGGGCUUGAGCGCCAAGGGAUUUGACUGUCGAGAUUGCGGCUAUACAUGCCAUAGCAAGUGCGAGAUGAAGGUGCCCGCGGAUUGCCCUGGCGAGCUGAAUAAGGAAGAGCGAAAGAAGAUCAAGGCUGAGCGCCAGGCCGCCACUAAUAGGCUUCUCACACCUGACGCAGGAUCCCCAGCGCACGUGUCAGAGGACAACCUCACACGAUCUAAUACCAUGAACUCGGCAAGCUCACAGUCACUACGGCAGUCCGUCGUGUCUGCGCCACAGACGCCAUCAGAAGAUACGCCUUCCGAAACACCACCCAAGGCGACCACACCUGUUGCAGCACCCGCCAAAGUUGCUGCAGUUGCUGCAGUUGGAGCGGCUCCCCCAAAGAGGAAUAGGAUAGUUGCGCCUCCUCCCACGGCAUAUAUCUCGCAACCACCAGCGGGUAGCACGAAUGGCAUUGUUGAAAGGGAAGAAAAGAAGGGCAAGAUGCUGUACCAGUUUGAAGCUGGUGGAGAUGGAGAGCUAUCGGUAGCAGAAGGCAAAGAAGUGGUGGUUUUGGAAGUAGAUGAUGGUACUGGCUGGGUCAAGGUUCGUGACGGUUAUAAGGAAGGUCUCGUACCGGCCACAUAUAUCGAUGUCAACAUUGCACCAUCAACACCCGCGGCAUCUGCUCGCCCAUCUUCGACUUACUCCACAUCAACCACAUCAUCAAUAGCCGCUGCUUCAAGGAAGAAGGGCCCUGCGGUGGCGCCCAAGCGAGGUGCCAAGAAGCUGCGAUAUGUAGAAGCUCUGUAUGACUACACGGCACAGAGCGAAGCAGAGCAUUCCAUGACGGAGGGCGAGCGUUUUGUGCUGAUCAAGGACGAUCCCGGCGAUGGCUGGGCAGAAGUCGAAAAGGCUGGCGUGACGGCCAGUGUCCCUGCUAAUUAUAUCCAUGCUGUGUAGGUCAGACGGCAUGUGGUGAGAUGGUAGGAGUUGAAACGCUAUGCUGUUUUUCUCUUCGUCCUGUCCUUUUAUACCUCUAGCCCGAGAAAGAAAAAGGUAAGAGGAGAAAAGAGAGGAAACAAGCUUGACAUGAAUGAAGGAAGUGGGAUUAGAGAAAGAGAGAAAAAGAGGGGGGACACAUGACAAAGUGUGAUACAAAUCAAUAGAGGAAGAGAAAAGAGUCAUUUAUACGACCACAAAAAAAGUAAUAAGGGGAAGAAAACGGUCGAGCCCGCGCUACCAAAAUCGUAUGCGUGUGUAUAUAGAUGAUGACAAUGGGAGGACAAACCUUUUUUUUAUGGGAUUUUUGAAGCGUUAUCUGAUGAUGGGUCGGCCUUCGCUUUGCUACUUUGUGUUUUUGCAUUGGGAGGAGUAUGGCAUGGAGAGGGGGGUAAAAACAGAGAUUGGCAUAUAUAUAUAUAUAUUUAUAUACAUGAGAUUAUAUAAGUUUUGAAGGCCG